AUGGCCACCAAGGCAAUACACCUUGAACUAGUUAUAGACCUUAGCACCAAGAUAUUUUUAAACGCCUUAAAACGGUUCAUCUCGCGACGAGGAAAAUGCGAUUCUAUUACUUCAGACAACGGUCGAAAUUUUAUCGAAGCUAGCAACGCAUUCCGAUCAAUGAGAGAAUAUCUGUUACAUCCCACUCAUCAAAUUAAAAUUAUUGACUUCGCGGCCACUCAAGGAAUUACAUGGAAAUUUAUUCCUCCGUAUUCAUCCCACAUGGGAGGUUUAUGGGAGUCCAAUGUAAAAAGCGUUAAAACUCAUAUAAAAACUGUAAUCAAUAAUACUUUACUCUCUUUUGAAGAUCUGUAUACCGUAUUGACACAAAUUGAGGCAAUACUCAACUCUCGUCCAUUGAGUCCGUUAAGCAACGCUCCCGACGAAUUAGACAUGUUAACACCUGGACAUUUUUUAAUUAGAACGUCUUUAUUGUCACUACCAGAACCUUCGAUGUUGGAUCUUUUCGUGAGUCGAGUCAACCGCUAUCAAUUACUAACACAGCUGCAGCAAUCGUUCUAG